CCCGGUCAUCACGUCGCGUUCGGCUAUAGUUUCGAUUCGAGUAGUCGAACUGGUGAUAUAUCGUUAUUCCCUAACAAGACUGCCCAAAGUCGUGACAAAGUGUAGGCAGCCUUCACAUAUAAGUUAUACCGAUAGGUAUUCCCCAUAUUACCGCGAUCCGAGUGGACAGUUAAGACCUACGAUUUCUGGUGUACUGACGAAGUGGACAAAAGACCGUCGGCAAGUGUUCCGGUUGGUGUGAAAACUAUGGUUCUCUAGCUUGAAGCCGGUGAAGUAACAGACAACAAGCCUAACAAAUCUGAAGAUAAUACCAAUUCUAAAGAGGUCACUAAGAAUUACGCCCACACUUUACGCAAAAAAAAACCCCAGAAGGAAAGGAGAAAGAAGCCGCUGCCUUCGAGCACAGAUCAGAUCGCCCUCCUGGAUUAUGGGCAUAUCGGAGGAGAUCAAGCUGGAGGAACUACCGCAAGAAGCCAAGCUAGCGCACCCGGAUGCCGUAGUGCUGGUGGACCGCGCCCCCGGAUCGUCGGCCGCCUCCGCCGGCGCAGCGCUGACGGUUUCGAUGUCGGUCUCCGGCGGAGGACCUGGUGGAGCCAGCGGAGGAGCAAGUGGAGCCAGUGGCGGCACCAACAGCCCCAUUUCGGAUGGGAACAGCGACUGCGAGGCGGACGAGUACGCCCCGAAGCGGAAGCAGCGACGCUAUCGCACAACCUUCACCAGCUUUCAGCUCGAGGAGCUGGAGAAGGCCUUCUCCCGGACCCAUUAUCCCGACGUGUUUACGAGAGAGGAACUGGCGAUGAAAAUUGGAUUAACCGAGGCGCGCAUUCAGGUUUGGUUCCAGAAUCGGCGCGCCAAGUGGCGCAAGCAGGAGAAGGUCGGCCCCCAGUCGCAUCCGUACAAUCCCUACCUGCCCAGCGGCGCCGCCACCAUGCAGACGGUGGUGGGGGCCGCCCUGCCGCCCAAUCCCUUCACCCACCUGGGCUUCCAGCUGCGCAAGCCCUUCGACGCCCAACACGCCGCCAACCUGGCCGCCUUCCGCUACCCGCACCUCUCCGCCGCGCCCAUGAUCCCGUCGGGCUACUUUAACCAAUUCCAGAGGGCUCCUCCCCACAUGCUGCCCCAUGGGAUGGCCAGCAUGUACUCCCCCUCGAGCUCCUUCCAAUCGCUGCUGGCCAAUAUGACGGCGGUUCCACGGGGUCCGCCUCUUGGAAAGCCUGCGGGCCUUCUGGUGGGAUCCCCCGAUCUGCAUUCGCCGAACCACCUGCUUGCCUCGCCGCCCACUUCCCCCGCCUCCGGCCACGCCUCCCAGCAUCAGCAGCAUCCGCCGCCCCCUCAGGCGCCUUCUCAAAUGCCCUUGGGAGUCCAGCCCGCUCAACUGUCGCCCCAACAGCUGGUUGGGAUCGCCUUGACCCACCAGGCGCCGUGUCUGUCGCCCACCCAGACUUCCCCGGUGGCCCUGACCUUGUCGCACUCCCCCCAGCGACAACUGCCGCCACCACCCCCCUCGCAUCAGCAGCCUCCUCCUCCGCCACCCAGAGCUGCCACGCCCCCCGAGGACAGACGCACCUCCUCCAUUGCCGCACUGCGACUAAAGGCCAGGGAACACGAACUGAAGCUGGAGCUGCUGCGUCAGAAUGGACAUGGAAACGAUGUGGUCAGCUAGCUGGAGGGGGAGCACAGCUCCAAGGUCAGUCUGGAGAUGGAUGAUGAUACGAAGGUCAGGAAGGAUAUCCCAAACCCAAGUGCAAAGACAUUGCCCGUUCACUGUAGACCUAAGCUAAUAAGUUAUUCAAUUGUAUGUAUUUAAGACGGAAUUUCAAAUAAAUUCAACAAGUAACAAGA